AUGGGGGAUCCUCAUGGAGCAAGCAGGAUGGAGGAUCUAAUGGGAAUAAGCAGGAUGAUGGAGAUUCUUUGCACAAAAAGGAUAGUGAAUCUUCUUGGGGCAACAGAGGUGGUGGUGCUUGGAGUAAGCAGGAUGGUGGGUCUUCUUGGAACAAAAAGGAUGGUGAAUCCUCCUGGAGUAAACAAGUUUGAGAGUUUAGUUGGGGUCAGAAACCUGAUGGUAAUGUGGAAGAUCAAUCGAAAGGUAGGACAGAUCAAAAGGAUAGUUGGGAGAACUCCAAAGGAGGAUUUGGUGGUUGCAAGAACGGUGGGAUGGGAAAUAGAGAUGCAGAUCAAGAUGGCAGUUGGGGAAAUGAUAAAUCAUUCGAUGGGGGCUGUGGUUCAGGUGGAAGAGGAGGAAGAGGAGGGGGUCGAGGAGGAAGAGGUUAAUACGGUAGAGGGAGAUCUUAUGAUCAGGGUGAAUCCUAUAGUUGGAACAAGGAAGAUCUUUUGUAGUGGAAGUGACACCCUUCUACUAUCGAGUUUAUUGAAACUGUCUUUGGAUAUAUUCAUGGGAAAAUUGAUGGUUUCGGGACGUUCAAUUGGAAUUGGAUGUUGCAUCGAUAUAAUCAGUUUGAGCAUUGACUUCAAAUUUGAAGUCCCAAGAGAUCUUGGUAGAAAUCCUCUUAAGGCUUCCAGUCACGUCCCCGUUAAACUUCAGGUGCGUUUCAAAAUCAUGGCUUUCUUUGAUCUCCAGCCCAAAUUUCAUCAGAACCCAUUUCCAAAAUUCAACCAAAAAAUGGAGAAUCACCCACCAUAG